AUGGACACCGCCACACCACAAGGGAAAGGAAACGACAAACAGCACCAGCGCAGUCGCAAAGCCAGAGACCGCGAAGCUGACGAUGCCAAGGCAAAGGAACGAGGUCGAAGACACGGCAAGAAGAAUCAAUCCGAAGAACCUGGUGUUGAAUCUGGAAGUGUCAACACUUCCAAGUCUAACAGAGGCGAACGUCGUACUCAAGAGGAUCGGGAAGCCAAGCAAAGAGCCCGUCAUGGAACUUCUUCCUCUUCUUCAUCAUCUCGACCGGGCGUCUCACAUGAGAGAAACUCUUCAGAUGUGGCUCGCAAAAAGUCUUCUGGCAGAAAUGAAAAGUCACCCAGAAGGAGUCAUAGCGCACACUCGAGUUCUACAUCAUCUCGUCACAAAGGCAGUAGCAGCAGGAGCAGCAACAGCAGCAACAGCAGAAAAAGUGACGAGAAGAAAGGUCAUCGCAACAGAGGAUCAUCUACUCCGGGAGCACAGGCUGAGCGAAACGAUCGAGAUCGGGCAAGAAGUCGCAAAGAGGCACGAAACAGAAGCAACAAAAACAAAGAACAACACAAUAGGGCGAUUGGUGUGAACAGUACUAAUGAUAGCAGCGCAAUGAUUGCACCAAACGGCGAUGAAGGUUAUGCUGUAAAUGCCACCAUUGUGGAGGAGGAUGACAUCCUUGGCGGUGCUACUGAAGCAGAAGAAGAAGAAGAAGCUCGCAUUCGCAAAAGGAUAGAGGAAGAAGCAAAACGAUUGCGGGAGGAAGAACGACGUCAGGAAAGGGAGCGCGAGGAAUUAGAGGAGGAACAACGUCGGGAGCAGGAGCGUGAGAACAUGGUGCUAGAGAACAAAAAGAAGAAGAAGAAGCGGCGUAACUUGGUGAUUAUUGUGGUUCUAAUGGUUCUGAUUGGAGGUGGAGUGGGGGCAUACUUUGGGAUAAAAGGUAGCUCAAGCAACGACUCGGUUGAUAUUGACGCGGAUAUUCGAAAUCCUGCUGAUGAUACUACAUCGGAAACCCCUUCGACUGAUCCAACCAUUGCAACAACAAACCCUCCCACGUCAUUUGCUUUCAAGUAUCCUCCACCCGACCUUGAAGAUUGUCAACGUCUGGUUGACAGGGAUCCUCCGUUGGACGAGGAAGGUACUUUGGAGAGUCGCGAAUUCGAGGUCGAUUUUGAUCUCGGCUUGGCUACUUUCGACGCCACCAUUGCUUCUGUAUUGCCAGAGGUGGAGCAAAAGAUUGAAGAGUGGUUGCUUCCUAGACUUGUGGGGUGUGAUAUUAUUCAACGCCGACUGGUGGAAAAUGGGAGCCCAGCUUUGAAAGGUGUCCGGAGUGAAACGAUGCGCCAACUGCAAUCAUCCACGGAUCCUCUCCGAUACAUGAUUGCGGAUGUGUUGGAAAUCCAGGCAGUCGAUCAAGAGGAGGUAUGCUCUACUACCUCUGACAUUCCAAACUGCAGCUUUGUCAAAGUCAAGAUGAAUCUAGUGCUUCGGGGAGAUGAACUUAACUUCUACUUGGUGACACUGAUCUCUGAAUUCUUUCCAGAGGGCGAAAACCUCAAAGGUACGAUUGGUUUGUUAGAUCCUAUUGACAUCUUAACCGCGAGGGGUAGUAUUAGUGCGACUGGUCCUACCAAGGCUCCAAGUGUGAUGCCGUCUUCCAAGCCCAGUGAUGCUCCAUCAGUCUUCCCGACCAAAGAGGCAACUAUCCCGGGACCGUCCGGGCCUAGUGUUCUGGUUCCUGAACCUACCAAAGAACCCUCGACUUCACCAAGCCAGACACCUUCCGCAACGCCAUCUAUUGCUCCGACACUGAUAUCAACUCCGCCACCGACUCUAUCACCAACAUUAGCUCCAGCUCCGGGAGCAACCCCAAUCCCAACGCAAAUACCCUCGGCAUUUCCAUCGCAAGUUCCUAGCAAAGCCCCCACACCUACGCCAUCUAUUGCUCCUGUCAUUGUAGUGACACCGGCGCCAUCCGAAACACUGGUGACACCGGAACCCACGCCUAGACCCAGUGUAAUGCAGUCGGAUAAUCCAACUCACAAUCCAACCUCUGGGCCGACCUCUGGGCCGACUCCAAUACCAACUAGCGCGCCAACGUAUGGGCCCACUCCAGUACCAACUAGCGAGCCGACAUAUGGGCCGACUUCAAUACCAACCCCUGGAGUGACACUACCAUGUUUUCAAACCAACGGUGAGCUCUACGAAACAGUUUUCAACUGGUUUUCGUCCAAGGCAUUCAUUGAAGCUCAGUAUGGCCCGAUCGGAGACUGGUGCUUCACUGCAGGUGUGACAAGCAUGAGUUUCCUCUUUGGUGAGCAGGGAACGUUCAACGAAGACAUUUCGAAUUGGGAUGUCUCUGCCAUCACUGACAUGAGCUACAUGUUCUCUGGUGCAUACGACUUCAAUCAAGACUUGUCACAAUGGGAGGUUUCUUCUGUCAUUGAUAUGAGUGAGAUGUUCUACGAAGCAUCAUCAUUCAAUCAAGACAUAUCAUCAUGGGAUGUCUCUUCUGUCACUUUCAUGAAUUUCAUGUUCUUUGGCGCAUCAUCGCUCAAUCAGAAUCUUUGUGCGUGGGGCCCACGGCUUCCAAACAACGCCAAUGUUUUGAUGAUGUUUUCCAGUGCCAGCAGCUGCCCUGUAAAUAAUCAGGAGGACCCAGACCUCUCUUCAAGUCAACCAGGACCCUUCUGCUACGCUUGCUCAGGUUCCAGCACUUGA